AUGCAUCCAAGUACUUCGAGAGACCCCAGGGUCCUAGUGCAGCCCGCCGUCCAAGCCAACAAGGAGCACCAGUACGCGCUCAAAGUCUAUACCGAACGUUUGGAGGCGGAGCUAGAACAUCUGGACAAGCUUCUCGCUGCUACAGAAAUUUCGGAUGAUGAGGACGAAGGAUUUUUGACGGUGAACUCAGGAGGGGACGUCUACAUUCCCGGUGCGGUCAGGCCCAGAGGGUUAAUUCCAUCAAGUCUUCUGACGGACGAGGACUCCCCAUUCUAUGACGUAGCUGCGAGGCGACAGCGUUACGAGAACUUCACGGUUUCCCAUCCAAUGAAUGCUCGAGAACUCGAUGCCCUCGCUGAAGCUGUGCGCUCCGAAAACUAUCGUUUGCAUGCAUUGGAGGCGCAAGCACGGGGUCUGUCCUCCUUUCUGGCCGCGAGCGAGCCGCCUCCGGACUUCAGCAUGAACAAGCAAGGAAUCGACUGGGAGCGCGUCGCACAAAAGGUGUCUUUUGCGAGCACAACGGUGCAACGGACAGCUAGAGAAUGUGAGAUUCGCUGGUUAGGCGAGCGCCACCCGCAGUUCAAUAACGCUCAGUGGCCGCAGUCAGAGAUCACGAAGGUCAGAGAGCUUGUCGGCGACGCGCGCCAAGGCGAGAUCGACUGGGUCAAGAUCGCUGAAAAGCUCGGAACCGGUCGCACCCCUGUGGAUUGCAUGCGGCACGCCAUCCCUCGAAGGACCCAUACAUGGACUCCCGAUGCGGAUCAACGCCUGUUGGAGGCCGUCGAUGCAUAUGGGACCGAUAGUUGGGCCCUCGUGGCGCGGGCGGUCUCGGAGGACGCCACGGCGGCUCAAUGCCAAGGCCGCUACCUGAGGACUCUCGACCCUACUCUCAGACGAGGACCGUGGGCCCCUGACGAAGACGAGCAGCUGCGCCGUGCGGUGGCUGCCUUUGGACAUGCUUGGAUCGACGUCGCGGCGUUCGUAGAGGGCCGCAAUAACGAGCAAUGUCGUGAGAGGUACCAAGAGUACCUGAACCCCACCGUGACGAAGGGCAAGUGGACGGAGGACCAGGACUCCGCUCUCCUGAAGGUCGUCGAGCAAGUCGGCGAGGGCAAGUGGAAGGAGGUCAGCCGCGUGUUGAACAUUGGCCGCACUGACAACAUGUGUCGGAUGCGUUACACGUUGCUCGUGAAGCGGAAGAAGGCCGGUACGGCGUCCCCAGGCCCUUCAGGUGCGGCGAGCGCCGCCCCGUCUCGUCGUUCGACCCCCGCAGACAAAGGGACCCCUGAGAUCCUCAUCCUGCAUCCUGAUACGUAUCACUCUCAGUCCUCGGCUGCGACACCUGCCCCCGCACCCGCUUCGGCCUCAGUCCCAGCCCCUGCUCCCAAGGCGAAGCCUAAACCGAAACCUAGAGCACGCCGUAAGCAACCGACUGCCCUCGCAGAGGAUAUCGGGGAACGCGCAAGCGAGUCAAGCGCCGCAAACGUACCAGCCGCAGGUCAGCCAGAGCGGCAGGCUACGGAGGUGCCCCAGCAGCAGGCACAGCCUGAGCUAUCUGUGGAAGGAGAGGAUGCGCAGCCGAGCAAACGACGACGAACGGUGCCCCCCUCGCCUCCCCCGGCUGUGCAAUGGACCGCCGCGUCGACAGAGCAGGAAGGAGCCCAAAAGGACGCCACCUUGGAAGACACUUCGGGCAGCACACAAGAUGCUCAGCCAAAUGAGAUCGCGGAGUCUGAGACAGAGAGUACUCCAACGACCCCAGGACGUGGACGAGGGAGGGGAGAGGGGAGAGGCAGAGGACGCGGACGGGGGAGGGGACGUGGUAAGUCGCCUCGGCGGAGUAGAGUGAAAGACAACAUCGCCACACCGCCAAGCUCAUCAGGCCAUGGAACCUCAACGAUCGCACCUUCCGAGGAGAGAUCGUCUGUGUCUACGCCCACAAGGCGGCAACCGCCAAGGGCUGUUAAUAAAGCAUCCCGCCGAGACUCACAACUGGAGGAGGCGGAUACUUGA